AUGGCAACUUUACAUUAUGAUGAUGUAAUUACAAGCCAACCUGCCAUUAUUGACAAUGGAUCGGGAUCUAUAAAGUCGGGAUUUGCAGGAGAAGAGAUACCUAGGUGUAUUGUAAAUAGUUGUGUAGGUCGUCCAAAAUAUAAGAGAUGUAUGGCAGGAGCUCUGGAAGGAGAUGUAUUUGUUGGAACUAAAAGUAUUGAAAAUAGAGGCAUACUAAGAAUUUCAUAUCCUAUAAGUAAUGGAAUAAUACAGGAUUGGUAUGAUAUGGAGACUCUUUGGACUCACAUUUUUUCUGAGUUAAAGAUUUCUUCGGAGGAGCAUCCUGUGUUACUUACAGAAGUAGCUCUAAACCCCAGGCAGCAUCGUGAAAAAAUGGCAGAGAUAUUUUUUGAAACAUAUAGAGUUCCAGCUUUAUUUAUUUCAACUCAAGCUGUUCUUUCAUUAUAUUCAUCAGGCAGGACUACUGGUAUAGUUCUAGAUAGUGGAGAUGGAGUUACCCAUGCAGUGCCAAUAUAUCAGGGAUUUGCUCUGAAUAAUUGUAUAACAAGAAGUGAUAUUGCUGGUAGGAAUAUUACAGAGUAUUUAAAUCUGCAGCUUAGAAGGUCUGGAAUAAUAUUUCAUACCAGCGCAGAAAUGGAGAUAGUUAAACAAAUUAAAGAGACAGUCUGUUUUGUAUCAUCAAACUUACAAAAGGAUGAAAAUGACGAAAACCAACUAGUUAAUAGUUCAUUAGAUUCUGGAACUGGAAGUCAAAGAUCUUCAAUUGGAUAUCCUUAUAAAUUACCUGAUGGACAGACAAUUUUUAUAGGUAAGGAAAGAUUCAGAGCUCCAGAACUACUCUUCCAACCAAAUCUAAUAGGUUCUGAAUAUCCUGGUCUCCACGAAGUUCUUAUUCAUAGUAUAAAUAAAACAGAUAUGGAUUUAAGGCGAACAUUAGCUUCUCAGAUAGUAUUAUCAGGUGGUUCAACAAUGUUCCCUGGGUUAGGUGAUAGACUACUUUAUGAAUUGAGGAAAGCUCUACCAAAAGAUGUAAAAAUCAGAAUAAAUGCUUCUAGUGAUAGAACAUUAUUACCUUGGAUAGGAGGAUCUAUAUUAGGGUCUUUAGCAACAUUUAAGACAAUAUGGAUAACCAAGCAAGAAUUUCUCGAGGAAGGGCCAAAUGUUGUACAUAGAAAGACAAUUUAG